AGGGAGCUAUCCCGGGGGCACUUCCUGCCAGAUAGUGAGCCCGCCGGAAAUGGGGCCCGCGCCGCGGGAUGGGGGCAGGGAGGGGUUCCCAUGGCAACGGGCCCCUCCAGGUAGGCCUGCUGCUUCCCCCCGAGCAGGGGGUUCCCAUGGCAACGGGCCCCUCCAGGUAGGUCUGCUUCCCCCCCCCAGCAAGGGGUUCCCAUGGCAACGGGGCCCCCAGGGCAGGCCUGCUUCCCCCCCCCGGAGCAGGGGGUUCCCAUGGCAACAGGCCCCUCCAGGUAGGUCUGCUUCCCCCCCCAGCAAGGGGUUCCCAUGGCAACGGGGCCCCCAGGGCAGGCCUGCUUCCCCCCCCCCGGAGCAGGGGGUUCUCAUGGCAACAGGCCCCUCCAGUACUGGUGAAAGGGGCCAGAUUGACAACCCCGGAGACAUCCCCAUGAGUACAGCACAGACAAUUAGAAAACCAACUCCCUCAAAACGCACUACACUGGGUGCCUUCUCCCUUCCCUGGGGGGACCCAGUUUAGAGGGUCCCCUUUCUCAGAUGUCCUUGGAAGAGAAGACAGGGUGACCAGCAAGUCAGCUGAGUUGGGAUGGAUGAGCCCAGAGCCUCCUGGGGAAGCAAAUGCCUCUGGCUGCCUCGUGCAGAGACCACAGCCACAUAACAUCAUUCCCGAGGUGAACAGACCCAGCUGCCUGGCAAGAUGCGCAUCACGUUCUGUCAGGGAGUCCUAGCGCUUGCCAUUGUCAUCAAUCUGCUGAUACUGUACUACGUCUCGAGGCUGCAGCAGCGGAUGUUGCACAGACACAGAGACCACGUCCAGCCUAGCUCCCGGCUGCUGCCUGUCCCCCAGAAGCUGGGGGUGACCGUCAUCAUCAGGGAGUUCGAGGACUUUGAGAACUACGUCCCUGGUGUGGUGCAGUCCUUCCUGAAGCAGAAGCCGGAGCAGCCAGUCAUGGUAGCAGCAGAUACCUUGCCAUAUCCUCCGCUUGUAUUACCGGAUGCUCCCAACGUCCAGCUCGUGAUCCUCAAGCCAGCCCCUGACCAGUCUGCCCAUGUGUCCAGGCCUGAGAUGUACGUGAAGACGGAGUAUGUGGCCCUGGUGCCUGAUGGGGUCAAGGUUGAUUCCACAAGGCAGCUGGAUCGUAUGUUAGAAGAGUUCAAAGCCAACCAGGGCAGAGUUCAAAUGGUGGCAGCGCCCGUGCAGUCCCUCGCUCCCCUCCGCUGCUUGAACCUGAAGGUCAGCCUUAGAAAGUGGACUGCUGAAUACAGUGUAGCGCCUUCCACCAGGGUCUGCACAGCCCUGAAGGGAGACGCCGUGAUUCUGCUGCGCACAACAGAUCUCUUCAACCUUUCCACUCCCUUAGCCAGGCCCCUGCUGACCUCCCUCUUCAUCCAGACAUCACUGCGGGACUGGACGGUCCGAAUCCUUGAUAUCUCCUUCUCCUCAGCCCACCAGCCUCUGCUCAGCUCCUCACAUAACCAAUGGAAGGCAGAGAACCGCGCCAAAGCCAGCCGGCUGCAUCUCUUCCGAGAUUUCGGCAUCAAGCGGGUUCUCCUGGAGGAUGGGAAGCAGCAGUGGUUUGGGUGCAGCAAAGAGACAUCGCGUUGCUUUGGCACCGUCCAUGAUGAUACGCCGGAAUAUCUCUAUCAGAACCGCUGGACCCCGCCUUGCUGUCUACAGGCCCUGAGGGAGACAGCAAAGUACGUCAUCAACGUCUUGGAGACGUCUGGGGUUCGGUACUGGCUGGAAGGUGGGACGCUCCUAGGAGCUGCCCGACAUCAGGACAUCAUCCCAUGGGAUUAUGACGUGGAUCUAGGGAUAUACCUGGAGGACAUUCCCAACUGCGACCUCCUCAGGAACGUAGAGUCUGGCUCCAUCGUGGAUGAGAAGGGCUUUGUCUGGGAGAAGGCCAUCGAGGGCGACUUCUACCGUGUGCAAUACAGCGAGCACAACCACCUGCACGUUGACCUCUGGCCCUUCUAUCCCAAGAACGGGCUGAUGACCAAGGAUACAUGGAUGGGACAUCGGCAGGAUGUGGAGUUCCCGGAGCACUUCCUCAAGCCCCUGUUACCCCUGCCAUUUGCUGGUUUCACAGCUCUGGCGCCCAACAACUACCGGAGUUUUUUGGAGCUGAAGUUCGGCGCAGGUGUGAUCGAGAAUCCAGAGUAUCCAAACCCAGCACUGAAGAAGCUGGAUAAGGGGAAAUAAGCAAGGACUCUGGCUUCUGCCUCUGCAUUGGGGCCCAAGAGAGCAUCAGACUCUGAGGCCCAGGGAGCAGGGAUCCCUCUCUCCUUCCGAACAUAUCCCUGAUGCCAACAGAAGGGAGUCAUUCUGGUAUGAACCAUGCUGCUGCUAGGGCAGCUGUCUGUCCACUGCUGCUGGUACGGCCCACUGAGCCAGGAGAGUUUACCCUCACCUCUGGGGCUGGUGGGAUUGUCUGAAGGGCUUGAGGCCGUUUGGAGGUGAGACACUUUGAACACAAAGACAGGACAAUUAACAAAGCAAGCCAGGGGAGGCCUCAUGGAGAUGCUGCCUCAGCGCAUCUCCUGAACUCGCUGGGUCGCUGGCGGUGCUCUCUGCUUUCUAGCAAAGGUCUGCAGUUCAUGGAUUGUUUGUGGGCUGCUCUCUGAGAGGAAGCGCGAAGCCACAGUUGUUUUCAAUCAGCGGGAAGAGUACAAACUUAAUUCCUGUCCCCCUUGCCUCCUCAUUUAGGGGCUGGAGAUCUGUUACCCAUCUGGGGCUUAAAGUGGGGGGACAGCUGUGGCAUCAUGCACAACUUCAGGCUACCUAGAAAGAAGCACUUGAACAGGGAGAUUAAUUAGUCAGUGAGGCUGUGCCCUGCUUUGGGAGGCUCUGAAGCUGCUGGCACUAGAGGGAGACAGAAGCUUACAACCGAUGACAGGCGGUGACUGGGGAUCUACACCAUAAGAGAGGGGGGAAGGGGACUAAUUGAUCCAAUAGGUUCUGUCCAACCCUCUCAUCCAUCACUGUAACCUGUUUAGCUUGAACCGCAGCAGUGCAUGGGAAUUUACUCACCCUGCCUGAAGCCUAGGCCAGAGAACAAGGCCUGGCAGGGAGGUGCAAUGAUUAUUGGUGAUGCACUUUGAGACCCGUCCUGCUCUCACUGAAGGUCAUGGAAGUUCAGCGAUUGACUUCAGCAGGGCUCAGAUUAGAGUCUCAUCCUAGAUUUGCAAAGUGUGGUCCUUAUCAUGGUGAUUGGCUGUAAGUGACUCCAGAAAAUCAAGAGCCCAACGUGGAAUAUUGCAGACAUAUUUAUAACAGCUGGUUCUGUUUCAUGCAUUUACAGCAAGGUCUUUUACUUGCCCCUUCAAAACGGUGCAGUCCCAAGGAAUCGAGGCCCAGCAGGUAGGUUGUGGGAGGAUCUGCAGCUCUAGAACAUGGGUCUGCUGGUCCCUGAGCAACUGCUGCAUUCACACAGCCAUGAGACAACUCUGGCUGAGCAGCAAUCGACAGGCUGGGCCUUGUGAGCCCAAGCACCACAGGACAUGUUGCCCACAGAAUCUGACUGACAGUGCUCCCAGAGUCCCUGAUUGGUCCAGGCGUGCUAUGUAAGCCUGGAGGGAACACCAGAAAGUUGUCUGUGAAAGUAGGCAAAUCCCCAGCCAGCUUCUAGAACAGACCUCGCUCCUAUCUGGUUCCCAGCCUCGCCCCAGCCCUGCCACAGCCCAUUCCCUAUCCUGGCAUUUGACUCCAGCUCUGAUCCUCUGUUCUGGUUGCUGGCGUCUGACUUUGACUCCAUCCACUAGACCUAGCUGCCCAUGCCCUGGCUGAGCCACGGCUCGGUUUUUUAAGAAAAAGGGAAAGGAGAAGGUGACGAUCUGUACAGCCAGGAGUUGAAAUGUUCUCAUUUAAAGAUUCAGUGGGAUGCUCUGGUUUAGUUUAAACCUUCCCUUUAUAGCUCUGCGAACACAAACAGGGCAGCAUGGGAUUAAUGUGGCAGAACGAGGAACCGAAAUUGCCUCUAAACAAGAAGUGAAAAUAACCAGCCACGUUUCAUUGUCCCAAGCUGAACAAAGUGUAGAAACGUAACUAAACUGCCUCCAUGUUGUAAAGGAAAUUGAGUUUAUUAACCCUUUGUUUUACUCCUGACGCCUUCCAUGAGUAACAGAAAUGCGAGAAUUUAAUAACAAGAAAAUCCCAGGCAUUUGCCCCUUGGUCGGGGGAAGAAUCCAACUGUGAGACAGGAGAUUUGAGUCCUAUUCUCUAACUCCCUGUGUGACGUAGGACAGCUUACUUCCUCUCACCUGUAGACUGGAGCUAAUUAUACUUUUCUCCCUCUCCCAUGGGGAAGCAUGAGGCUUGCUUCAUGUGUGGAAAGCUGGGGAUUUUCAACUGAAAGGAAAAGUUCUUAAUAUAAUUUGAACACACUUAAAGAAAAUCUGGUCCCUAGCAGCCAGUAGCGCCAGCCCCAUGUGCUUAAAAAUCAUGAGAUUGGCAUAAGACUAAUGAGAUUUUAAAGAAUAGUAAACAUUGGGUUCUGCUUUUUGGUUAUUAAGCCUUUAGGGGGCGCUUGGAUCAGGUUUUCAAACUUUUCUGUGCAAGCAUGAGGGAUAGACACUUUUUUAUUUUUCAGUGAAACCUGAGAUUUUCACCAGUCACAGUUUCUGGACCUGUGGCUUCGGUAUCUAAAUGCUACAAGACACAAGAGUUGGCAACACUGAUUACUGCAGACAGUACAGUAGAAAUGCAGUCAAAACACCUCCUAGUUGCUCUACCUAUAACAAUAUCUUCUGCUACUGAAAAGGAGUCGCAGUAGUCUUUGUCCUAAAGGAUCACAGUUAGAAAUGUAGUGAGAGGAGCAGAUUAAUUUGACACUGGCUCCGUUCCCCAUACCCACAUGGCCUUGAAGUCAAUGGAAGUUUUGCCUCAGGAAAGACUGUUGACCUAGUCCCUUCAUUUGUGGAGUUCAGGACAAAGUCCUGACAAGGGGGUUAUUUUAAAUAAUCAUUAAAACGCAAAGUGAUUUCCCCAUCUGAUUUUCUUGGCAUCUCCUGCCAAUCUGGUUCAGACUUUGUUUUGAUCACAUAUGGGGCUGUGAGCAAUGUCAGAGUUUAAGCCACCAUAUAUUGACCUCCUUAAAUCCUCAAAAUAUUUAAACACCUAACUCAUUAAUUUCAGUAGAAGUUAGGAAUCUAAAUACCUUUCAAUGAUAAUACCUUUCACUAAGUCUUGGAGCACUGGGGAAGUUCCAGAAGACUGGAAGAAAACUAAUAUUGUACCAAUAUUUUAAAAAGGUAAAUGGGAUGACCCAGAUAGUUAUAGACCUGUCAGUCUGAUAUCAAUCUCGUGGCUGACAUGGGAGGGUAAUAUGAUUAAUGCCAAUCAACAUGGGUUUAUGGAAAAUAGAUCUUGUCGACCUAACUUGAUCUCUUUUUCUGAUGAGAUGACAAGUUUGGCUGAUAAAGAUAACAGUGUUGAUGUAACAGACUUCUUAUGAGGCAUUUGACUUCGUACCUCAUGACAUUUUGAUUAAAAAACUAGAAAGAUAUAAAAUUAA